CGGGUUUGCAGGACGCAACACAGUACUGCUCAAACCACUAUAUCUAAAGCACUGCUCUUUUCCCCACAGCGUACCCAAUCUACUGUUGGUGCACAGCGAUGAUGGCACUUGGUCACAAGUCCCGUAAUGCCAGUGGCUGUUGCACUUCACCAGAGACGAGCGGCACAUGCAGGCCCUCAGUGUGCUCUCUCUGCCUCACAGCGCAGUUUCUGGCACACUUAUGUCCAGGCCUAGUACCUCAUGCAAGCCACUGCUCAUCCGGGGCCAGAAUCCCAAGCAGGCUUUUCGAGAUGUGGUAGACGUGUGGAUGGACGAGGUGUGGGAGUUGUAAUGACAGAAUACGGGCAAUACGCGCGAGCCGUCAGGCGUCACGACCGACUCCAAUUGGUGCAACUGUCAGUGCAGCCUCGCCAUCCUGGUUUUUGCUGCCUCUCGAGCCUGGAUCCACUCACUGGCACUGCCCUCCUCCAUGUCCUACGGCCUGUGUACGCGGUAGCACUCCUGCAUCAUCCGGACGAGCUAACUCUCAGCUUUGUCUCUUCCACUGCCAGUGGCAUGGCAUGAAGCAGCUGCAGGUCGCUGCAUCGCCAUCCUUGCCGGCCACCACGCUAUUUGACGCCAGUGUGUGGACCGAAGGGCCCCGUCUGGUGGUCUCCAUGGUCCAGAUUGAUGCCCAAGUAUGAGCUAAGACUUUACGCCGACACCAGUGAGGAGCUUCUCAUCUGGUGAGCUAUCAGGUUCUGAUGCUGCUGUCCUCCUGCUGGCGCAAUGUCCCGUCAUUCUGCGUUUUGUCAUUCGCCUCAGUCGUGUAGACAAACCUAGGAGAUUCAAACACGCAUCCAUCGCGCUUCACAGUCCUUCAACUCCAGUUCUUAUCCUUGUUACCCAUAUCAGGCCCCGAAAUCUUAAGAACGUGUGUUGCCAUCCUCCUCGAUUAAGAUAUUCAAAAUGGGGAUCAACUGGAGGCUCAGAGAGACGGUAUUCCGCCUGCUUGCUGCAGUGUACGCUGAGCUUGGUGAAGAAGCGUUCAAGGGUCGAUACGGCUCGAUAGCGCAGCGCUUUGGACCGGAUGCUACUUACGACGCCAUCAAGUCUUUCUUCAACAAGGAAGUCUCCAGAGCCGCAGAACAACUUACAUCCGGAAACACCGGUCAGCGCGCUUCUGGCAGAAGAAUAUCCCAAAGACCAACGCGGGGACAAUCGCGACCACCACUACUCUACUUUGAUGACGAAGACAUAAGUAUCCUGACCCAACGAGAAGCCGAGGCGCAUUUCAGUCAUUCUUUACGGGCCCUAGCAAAGCGGCCUCGAGUUAUUCCUGCAUCACCCACUCCAUCUGCUACCCGAAAGGAAGCACAUAAUGGAGAUACUCCCGGCUUGCCGAGAGCUGACAUGGUCCCCAACGGAUGCGUCAAUGGCAGAAGCACCCCAUAUCAAGACGCUGAUGCGCCAUCAAUAUGUAACUCCUCGCAGCCUGGACCUAGUUCCUAUGUAACGACAAAUGGGCAGGUGGACCAUAAUACUUCGUUGAUUGACGCGACGUCCAAGAAAAGACCUCAUUCUGCUGUAGAAGAUACAGCAGAGGAUAGGCACUGCAAGUCGCCACUGUUCAGCAGGACAGAUAUCCCGCGGGCACCCCAGUCCUUUGGCUAUGUGACGAAGCAAGGCCAGCACCGGUGUGCCCUUUGCUUGAGCCAGCUUCCAAGCCAGGAAGACCUGGACCGGCACGAGUAUUUGAGCAAGGAGCAUCAACGAAACCUGCAAAACCCACUAAAAGUGUCAAAAGGCAGAGAAAAGCUCGCUCAAGUCAUGUCCAGCGCAAGCAUUGGGCCACACCGAUCUACUCCUCAGCCCACAAGGGGGUCCUUUUUCAACGGUGUGGUACAGGCAGAGACGGCCCGUGGCUCCCCAGUCCGCAACAAUCACCAGGAGAAAGCAGUACCUCCGCAACCUGCCGAUCACCUACAACCCGACCAGGACCAUGAUACCAUGAUUGACACGAUUGAAAUCUACAAUGAGCCCCUACCACCUUCACAACCAUCCCAUCAGCAAGAAAGUUCGUCUAAGGCAGCGCUGGCACCUGAAGAUACUAGUUUUUCGGGUCAAAAGGUAGACAAGGGCAAAGGGCGCGCUGCGUCUGUUCUGUCGCUCUCUUCCAGUACCAACAGGCUGUUAUCGACGGGGCUGGAAUCCCUUCCACAACCAUCCGAAGCAGCCAAACCGAGAGAAUUGCACACAGGGCCAACAACAGCUCGCACCGAGGUCGGUUCAAUUACUCCUCUCAACCAUACGAGUGGCCAGAGUUCAAAUCUGCCGCCCAAGUCUAAACCGAUACCCAUCUUCUCGCAAACCGAAAUUGCUGAUAUCAUGCGCUCGACAGAGCUGGUGGUGCAAUUACUUGGCUGUGUACAGAGAGAAGCCGCAGCCGCAGCUGUGGCUCAAGCGGCACAGAGCACGAGUCCAGACAAUGGUUCUUUUACCUCAAAUGCUGCUCCAGAAAUGCGGAGUCGACCAGGAGAGUCAGCCAACACUUCUCAGGCGCACGGCCAAGAAAACGAGACGGGCCAAAGCCGACUAGGUAUACAGGUCAAGGCAGAGAGGACAAAGGAUAUGGUGGAGGACGUAAUCAUCAUCGUAGAGGAUUGAAGUUCAUAGUCUACUUGAUGUUGGGAUUUAUUAUGCUACCAACAUUGAUUAUGAGUGUCUGGAAAGCAUAAUGCAAGCAAGCUGUUCUUUCCCCAAUACUGGCUCAUGACAACGCUAUUUCUUCCCGAGAACCUGAGGUGCUCCAAGGAUGGUAGUCCCAAAUAGUCAACCAGCGCCUUCCAGCAGUCGGC